UGAGAUGCUUAGAACCGAUAAUGUCGUCAAAACGUAUAUUGAAUGCUUUCAGCUUCUUCAUUUUAGUUCCUAUGGUUAUUUCCACUGACAACCUGAGCCAUUUUGCCUCAGUGUUACACAAGACUUUGUUUGAUGGUAGCUACACAUCAGAUAUUCAUCCGUACUGCAGUAGAAAUGCUGUUAACGUAAAAAUAGACGUAGGACUUCGAGAAAUUGUGGAUUUAUCAGAAAAAUACGAGACCAUAAAGCUCAAGAUUUGGGUCAGACUUAGCUGGAAUGACUGCAAGCUCAUGUGGAAUUCUUCUGAAUUUGGUGGAAUUUCCAAGCUAGGAGUCCCAUACGACAAACUCUGGAUCCCAGAUGUGACCUUAUACGAAGGUAUUGAUGAUAUUGCAAACAUGCCUGAUAUGAAACAAUACAGGGCCUUGGUAUCAAACACAGGAGACAUUCAAUAUCAGUUUCCUUCGACUAUACACAUGGCAUGUGGAAUGAAUAUCUCGAUGUUCCCAUAUGAUCAUCAAAUGUGCACUUUGACAUUUGGUUCAUGGAUACAUUCAAACAGCGAAAUAGAGAUGUUCAGUAAAUCUGAAAGCGGAGACCUCUCUUCCUUUGUCAACCACCAAGAAUGGGUCGUCGUUAGUCUGAAAGCCACUAAGGUGACAGAACUAUACACGUGCUGUGAAGAACCUUUCUCCAGCAUUUCCUAUAAACUAGUGAUAAAACGGAAAGCCACCUUCUACAUAAUCACAAUGAUUUUACCUUUCUUUGCACUCACUAUAUUAUCCAUCGCUGGGUUCGUUUUGCCAUCCAUCUCUGGAGAAAAAAUAACAUUCCACAUGAAUAUUCUUCUGGCAGUCACAGUCUUUUUGCUUCUGAUACAGGAUAAGCUGCCAUCAUCAUCUGAGUUCUUUCCCAAAAUUGGAAUUUACUUCCUCAAUACCCUUCUGCUCACUUGCUUGUCUUGUCUGAUGUCAACAAUCGUAGUAUAUCUGUUCUACCACGAUCUCAGUGGUAGAGAGAUGCCCAAAUGGGUCAAAAGAGUCCUGGUGGAUGGACUGGGUCGACUGAUGUUCAUCACACCAGAAACCAUCGUACGUUUCAGAGCUCAACAAACCGGGAAUACGGAUUCCACAGAUCAGGGCCAGGUGGUUAGAAAAACUGUGAUCCCAGUAGACAAAGCCAAAAAGAAUCGGAAGAGCAUAAAGCCAACGGCUCUAAGUGGGAUUCAGAACGCUGUAUACGAUGGAUGGGAGAUCGAAGUAGGAGAGGUACGGCGACGGGACGAUAAUCGAGUCAGCUUCAUGGAAACCGACAAGUCUGCAUUCUCUGAUGCCAGCAAGAAGAUGAACGAGUGGGAAUUGCUGGCCUAUACACUGGAUCGAUUCUUCACAGUAUUCUAUAUCAUAGUCAUAUCUCUGAACACAUUUGUUUUUCUUAUUGUGCUGAGUCAAAAUGAUCAACCCUGAUUUUGCAGAACUAGUAAGCACAAUAUUAGUCUUAAAAGAGAGGACUUUAGAGUGUUCCUAUAUAGAUUACACUAAUUGAAAGUAUGUUUCCUCCUUUUUGUAUACUUUUUUAAUUUUUACAUCCUUAACCGUAAUGUGCAGGAGAAUUCAACAACAUGAAGCUUAAAAUGUCAACGGAAAAUUGUGUGAAGUAUGAAGCGUUUGUGGCAACGCUUUUUGAAAAAAUUACGCACUUUGAAAAAUUUUUUUAAAGUGCGUUAAAAUUGGGACAAAAUCAAUACAAUUUGAAAAAAAAUUUCAAAGUGCGUUAAGAGUGUGCAUCAACAUUUUUUACCAAGGGGAAAUUUAACGCACUUUGAAAAAAAUAUGUAUAAAACAAAAAUUCUAGACUAAGAUUUUAGUAAUUGAGAGAAUUACUUUGUAAUAAUUAUAUCUUUCGAAAAAACUUUUUAAUUUACAUGUAUUGAGUAAACUUCAUUGAGACAAAAGAGAAGACGAGUAGAAGGUCUCUCAGCCCAACUCUUUUUUUUUCAAAGCCGUCGGUAGCAAAUUAAACGUGGACAACCCCCAACCCCAACCCCCCUAAGUAAGCCCAAAUUUUCAAUGUCUAUAUUAUGUAUAUCUUUGUAAAACAUUUUUGUGUCUACUAAGCCCCCCUCCCGGUACUGAUGCCUAUACUACACCCAAAUAUAUGUAUUUGCAUAACUAUUGUGACGUUGAAAACUUUCAAUAAAUAAAUGCAUGCAAACUGGAAAAAAUUAAGCACAAUAAAACAUUUAAGAGAGAAAAAUUUGUCAAAGUAUGGAAAAAUCAAAAUCGCUCAUUUUUACAUCCUGAAGUGAACUUUACACCGAAAAAUUAUCCAGUAGGUUCAAUUAUUUAUCAUACCUAAGAUUUGCAAGAAUAUCGACCAUACACAU